CUCCUCUUCCCCUCGUCGACCUUUGAGACCAACACAACUACUCGCUCGACAGGAGGUCAACAAGUCAGCAACUCCAUCUUCACACCAUAACCACCAACUCCAGCUACACACACACACACACACACACAACCAUCAUGGUCAGCCUCAAGAAGGUCGAGGACCGGCCCACGCCGCCCGAGGUGUACAGCUGGAAGAUCUACGGUCUGGCUGCCAUCGCAGCCAUCGCUGCCGUCGGCAUUGGCUACGACAGCGCCUUCGUGGGCGGCGCCAUUGUCCUCAAGGGAUUCACAAAGGACUUUGGCAAGCUCGACGCCAACACGAGCGGUAACCUCGUCUCGACCUACCAGGCUGGCGCCUUUGUCGGUGCCUUUGCCGGUUACCCUCUGGGCCACUUUGUCGGACGUCGCUGGGGUCUCACGAUUGCUGCCAUCCUCUUUACGAUUGGCGCCAUCAUCAUGACGAUCGCUUCGGGAUCGACGGGCUUGGCUCCCAUUUACGCUGGUCGCGCCCUCGCCGGCCUGGCCAUCGGCGCCGCGAGUAACCUGACGCCCAUCUACAUUUCCGAAAUCAGCCCGCCUGCGAUCCGUGGUCAGCUCGUCGGCAUGUACGAGCUCGGGUGGCAGAUCGGUGGCAUUGUCGGCUUCUUUAUCAACUACGGCGUCAGCAUCAACAUCCCCACCUCCACGCUCCAGUGGCGCAUCCCCUUUGCCGUCCAGAUCAUCCCCGGUGGCCUCUUGGCCCUCACGGCGCCCUUCCUCAUCGAGUCGCCCAGGUGGCUCAUCUCCCGCGGCCGCCGCGAAGAGUCGGUCAGGAACCUGUCCAAGAUCCGCAAGCUCGAUGUCAACCACCCUUACCUCGUCGAAGAGGUGGCCGAGAUGAACGCAGCGCACGACAAGGAGAUGGCUCUCCUGGGAUCCAACUCUUUCUGGGCACCCUUCCGCCACACCUUCCUCGUCCGUAAGGUCCUCUACCGCCUCCUCAUUGGCUCUUCGCUCUUUGCCUUCCAGAACGGCACCGGUAUCAACGCCAUCAACUACUACUCGCCCACCGUCUUCAAGUCGCUCGGCAUCACCGGCUCCAACACGGGUCUGCUCACCACGGGCAUCUUUGGUGUCAUCAAGACGCUCGGUGCCAUUGUCUGGAUCCUCUUCCUCAUCGACCACUUUGGACGCAGGAGAAUCCUGAUGACGGGUGCCACCGGUGGUGCUUUCGCCAUGCUUGCCAUUGCCAUCUACAUUGCCGUCGAUAAGCCGGCUUCUCGGCCCGCAGGCGCCGGCCUCGACUCGACUGGCCGCUUCGCCCUCGCCUGCUUCUACAUCUGGACCAUCUUCUACGGUGCGACGUGGAACGGCACCCCCUGGGUCGUCGGCUCUGAGAUCUUCCCGCAGCAGUCGAGGACGCUGGGCAUGGCGCUCAUGGCCGCCAGCAACUGGGGCUACAACCUCGCCAUCUCGCGCUGCUCGCCCCUGGCCUUCGAGUGGAGCUCGUGGGGAUACUACCUCAUCUUUGCCUGCCUCAUGCUCAUCUCGAUUCCUUACAUCUUCUUCCUCCUUCCCGAGACCAAGGGCAUCCCGCUCGAGCACAUGGACGAGCUCUUCGACAUGCCGCAGCCCCGCAAUGCUGGCCCUCGCCUCCUCCAGGACCUUCGCAGGCGCCAGGCCCACCUCGGAAGCGAGAUCAACGCCCACAACCAGGGCGCCGACGUCAAGGACCUCGCGCGCGAGCAGGGCCAGAGCGGAAGCGUCACGCCAGACAACUCGGAGAAGAGGGACGAAAUCGACAUUGAGACGGGCUCGGCUCACCGUCGGGAAUUCUAAACUAGACUCAUCAACCUCACAACAUGUCGACGUCUAGAACGAACUUGCACUUCCUCGCACUGUAUCCCCCCCUCCAUUACUGCUUCAUCUUCUCU